AUGCCGAAGCAUCCGCAUUCAUUCGGAAUACCAACUCGUCAUGGACUGUGUCAAAGCAGCAUUAGUUCGAUGAAGACAAAAAUUUUCUUCCUGGCCCCAUCAGACAACAAAUGGGAUAGGUUACAUUCUCCGAGGAGGUAUGCGAGACUGUCCAGCCAGCCUCAUCAUCUCGAAGCAAUUGGCCGGACAGAGCAACAUGUUCCGAGAGGGCUACACAAACGCUGGACUAUGUACCGAAAUUUGCUUGUUCCCCCACAUAUCCGAGCGGUCUUCGAACAAUCCAUCGAUGAGGGCGAAUCCACUUGGAAUGAGAAUGUAGGACAGUUGAAGGAUGACGAGAACUUGUGUUGGUCCACUGUGACACUAACAUAG